AUCGACGGCUUCCAGGACUCAUUCUACUCCCAAUCCGGCCGCCACUUCGUCCGCAACUGCGUCAUCUCCGGCACCAUCGACUUCAUCUUCGGCGACUCCCAGGCCGUCAUCCAAAACAGCCUCAUCAUCCUCCGCCGCCCGAUGGACAACCAACAGAACACCAUCACCGCCCACGGCAGAGAUACCCCCCACGAACGCACCGCCAUCGUCAUCCAAAACUGCCGCAUCGUGCCGGACCAAUUCCUCCUACCCGACCGGUUCAAAAUCCCCAGCUAUCUCGGCCGCCCGUGGAAGCAAUUCUCCACCACCAUUGUCAUGGAAUCCAACAUCGGGGAUCUCAUCCGGCCGGAGGGAUGGUUGGCGUGGAACGGGGAUUUUGCUCUGGAUACGCUUUAUUAUGCAGAGUAUCAUAACAGGGGAGCGGGAUCUGGUACCGGUGGCAGAGUAAAGUGGAAGGGGUAUCGAGUGAUUGAUAGGAAGGAGGCCGGUAGGUGGACGGCGGGCGCGUUUCUCGCCGGCGGCUACUGGAUUCCGUUCGCCGGCGUGCCGUAUGUGCUGGAGCUGAUUAAGUGAAUUGGGCGGGGAGACGGGGAGUGAGUGAAGCUGAUCGGCUGGGAUUGUUUGGACGAGUUAGUGACCGUUGUAAUUCGUUGUUUUCUGUAUUUGGAUUGAGUUUUGUUAACAAGUAAUCAAGCCAGGAGGAAGGGGAAAGAACAUAAUGAUUUAUGAUUGUUGCA